UGUGAAGAUGUCAGUGGGCUGUGCAUGCCCUGGCUGUUCCUCUAAGUCAUUCAAGCUGUACUCGCCAAAGGAGCCCCCGAACGGCAACGCCUUCCCCCCUUUCCACCCAGGCACCAUGCUGGAUCGAGAUGUGGGACCUACUCCGAUGUACCCACCAACAUACCUGGAGCCUGGAAUCGGGAGGCACACGCCGUAUGGGAACCAGACUGACUACAGGAUAUUUGAGCUCAACAAGCGACUGCAGAACUGGACAGAGGAAUGUGACAAUCUGUGGUGGGACGCCUUCACCACGGAGUUCUUUGAGGAUGAUGCCAUGUUAACAAUCACUUUCUGCUUGGAGGAUGGACCAAAGAGAUACACUAUCGGCCGGACUCUGAUUCCCCGUUACUUCCGCAGCAUCUUUGAAGGGGGUGCUACAGAGCUCUACUAUGUGCUCAAGCACCCCAAGGAGUCCUUCCACAACAACUUUGUCUCACUGGACUGCGACCAGUGCACCAUGGUCACCCAGCACGGCAAGCCCAUGUUCACCCAGGUGUGUGUGGAGGGGCGGCUGUACCUGGAGUUCAUGUUUGAUGACAUGAUGAGGAUAAAGACCUGGCACUUCAGCAUCCGCCAGCAUCGAGAGCUCAUCCCCCGCAGCAUCCUUGCCAUGCAUGCACAGGACCCCCAGAUGCUGGACCAGUUAUCCAAGAACAUCACCCGCUGUGGGCUCUCAAACUCCACACUCAACUACCUCCGACUCUGUGUAAUCCUAGAACCAAUGCAGGAGCUCAUGUCACGGCACAAGACCUACAGCCUCAGUCCCCGGGACUGCCUCAAGACCUGCCUCUUCCAGAAGUGGCAACGGAUGGUUGCUCCACCUGCGGAGCCAGCGCGGCAGCAACCCAGCAAGCGUCGGAAAAGGAAGAUGUCAGGAGGCAGCACGAUGAGCUCGGGUGGGGGAAACACAAACAACAGCAACAGCAAGAAGAAAAGCCCGGCCAGCACCUUUGCCCUGUCCAGUCAGGUACCUGAUGUGAUGGUGGUAGGCGAGCCCACGCUGAUGGGGGGGGAGUUUGGGGACGAGGACGAGCGGCUCAUCACCAGGCUGGAGAACACACAGUUUGACGCUGCCAACGGCAUCGACGACGAGGACAGCUUCAACAACUCGCCAGCGCUGGGGGCCAACAGCCCCUGGAACAGCAAACCGCCCUCCAGCCAGGAGAGCAAGUCAGAGAACCCCACGUCGCAGGCGUCGCAGUAACGGCCCCCCAGCCGCCCCGUGGACUCAGUCCCAACCGAUCUACCUGUACAUUUGCAACAGAGAGUGACUGGGAAGCGGUGAGGUACCGGGGGCGGAUUGGCUCCAUGUGGCCCACCAUGGGGUGCAUGGCCUGGGGUGAACGCCAGGCUGGCAGCCUCCAGCCCUCUCCCCCCGACGCCUCCUCGCUCCCCCCAUCCCUGCCUCCCUGCCGGACCCCAGGACAGGGGUGGGUUUCCGGGGCUGUAGCUUCAUUAUUCCCCAUUCUCUCUCUUUCUCCCUGCUUCUUUCUUGUACAGUUUCUCAUCCCCACCCUGAUGUGCCCAGCCCCUGCCUGCUGAGCAGGGAGAAUUAGGAGGGAGGUGUUGGCAGUGGCUAGCGCGAUGGGGAAGCCGGUGGCAUGCAGAUGCCAUGUCUUGUGGUCUGGCACAGCCUGGAGACCCUCCUCCUCCUUCUUGGGUCCUACAGCUGGGGUUUGCUGCAGAAGCCACCUGUACCAGGGUUGCACAUCCUCAGCCCAACCCAGGGCUGAGUGGGUGGGGUGGUGAUGGAAAGCCUUCCCUAUGCCGCUGGCUCUGCCUCCUCCAUCUGUGGUCAGAUCCUGCUGCACUGAGGUGGUGUCAAGGAUAAGGCCUCAUCACAAUUCCCUGCUCUCCUGCACCCUCCCCUUCCCCUCAAUCCCAGGGGCAAGAACACAGCAGGGCAAGGGGGGGAGUCUGUAUAUAGAAAGUGCUUGGGGGAGGUCUGGGGGAGGCCAU